AUGGCCCUCGACAUUACGAAGGAUACACUGGCAGGCUUCAGGGCUGUCAAGACUUUCAAGCCCGGUGACAAUGACGUGGCUCCUGUAACGUCGCUCAAUUUCGACGAUCAUGGUCGAUAUCUACUUACUGCGUCUGCUAACGACAACAUGCACCUUUACGACGCCAUGAACUGUAGGUUCAUUAGUACUGUUGCUUCCAAGAAAUAUGGGUGCCAUUCGGCCAAGUUCACACACUCGCAGAACGAGUGCGUGUAUUCGUCCACGAUGAAAAGUUUCGACAUACGCCAUCUAAAUCUGGAAACUAACCAGUAUCUGCGGUAUUUCACAGGCCAUGGAGCACUGGUGAGUGAUCUGGAGAUGAGUCCGCUCAACGACACGUUUUUGUCGGCGUCGUACGACGAGUCGGUACGACUAUGGGAUCUGCGUACCUCCAAAGCCCAGGCUAUCGUUCCAAGCCUGGUACCCAAUUGCAUUGCUUAUGACCCUAGCGGACUUGUAUUUGCUCUGGGUAACCCAGAAAAUCAUGAAAUUGGCCUAUAUAAUAUCAAGCAGUUGAAGAAUGGACCCUUCCUUGUCAUCAAAGUAAAUCCCAGCUUCCAUCAAUGGUCAAAAAUCGAGUUUUCAAACGACGGCAAGUAUAUUUUGCUUGCAUCAUCGGCGGGGAAGCACCUUAUCCUUGAUGCCUUCGAUGGCUCUCAGCUAUUUGAACUUUCGGGAACUCGGCCCUUCCCGCUCCGAGAAUUCAUGGAUGCAGGUUCAGCAUGCUUCACCCCAGAUGGCGCCUACACGCUCUGCACUGAUUACUCGGGCAAGGUAGCCAUCUACAACCACUCUGAAUCCAUUAGCGGUAAGACUCUCAAGCCCUGUGCAUCAAUUGUUGCCGCUCCGGACUCCUGUCCCAGGACCAUUGCAUUCAACCCAAAAUACAGCAUGUUCGUCGUAGCUGAUGAAAGUGUUGAUCUAUACGUUUUCGAUAAACCUACGUAG